GCGGGGGCGGAGCUUGCCGCCGGCGGAGGGCGGAACCCACGCGGGGACUUCUCUUGGGCAGAGCUGCGCAGCGGGGUUUUGGCCAAAUUGGGCGAGGGCACAAAGUAACCACUUACCCCUUCUCACCGAGGAGGAACGGGAGAAAGGGUAUGGCACUGUCUCAAGGCUGGGUGAAGAGAUACUUCAAGGCAUUUUGUAAAGGCUUCUUUGUGGCGGUGCCUGUGGCAGUGACUUUCCUGGAUCAGGUUGCCUGUGUGGCAAGAGUGGAAGGAGCAUCAAUGCAGCCUUCUUUGAAUCCUGGGGGGAGCCAGUCAUCUGAUGUGGUGCUUUUGAACCACUGGAAAGUGAGGAAUUUUGAAGUACAACGUGGUGACAUUGUGUCAUUAGUGUCUCCUAAAAACCCAGAACAGAAGAUCAUUAAGAGAGUGAUUGCUCUUGAAGGAGAUAUUGUAAAAACUAUGGGACACAAAAACCGCUAUGUCAAAGUCCCCCGUGGUCACAUCUGGGUUGAAGGUGAUCAUCAUGGACACAGUUUUGACAGUAAUUCAUUUGGACCGGUUUCCCUGGGACUCCUGCAUGGUCAUGCUACUCACAUCCUGUGGCCUCCAGAGCGCUGGCAGAAAUUGGAAUCUGUUCUUCCUCCAGAGCGCUUGCCCAUUCAGAGUGAAGAGGACUGCCUGCAUGGAUCUCCCUGAGCUGCUGUGAUGGGGAGGCACCACCACCAACCCCAGGAAGAGGGAUGGAGAAGAGGAACACCAUAGGGUCAACGCUUCCCCCAAGAUGAUGCUGUGCAAGAAACAUUUCUAUCACAUUAAGAUGAUCUGUAUUAGUAGAGAAAGAGUUGUAAAAUAUUAAAUAGUAUUAAAUGUCA